UUUUGGCAUCUUCCUUUCAUGGCAAAUAAUUCAUCUACACUCUACUCCGAUAGCCAAUUUUUUAGCAUCAAAUUAAUUCAAAUUUCAAACAAAUUCAAUCAACUCAUCAUCAUCAUCAUAUAUAUCCAACUUAUUACACUAUCUACAUUCUCAAUACUUGCAUAUUUUCACAUGAAAAACACACACUACAACAGAACAAACAGAAUAUCCAUGUCAGCAAAUCCAGCUAACCCCAUGCCUUCCGGCACUAACUGCUUCUCGUCGGUUUUCCGGCGAAUGCUUUGCUCCGGCAGCCUUCCGACCCACCCUUCCGACCAAUUUCCGGAAACUUCCAUAACCGAAAACCAUUCCAAACACAAUGAAAUUGUGAAGAAUCAGGGCACGGGCUCGAAACCUGGCGUGGUGGCGAAGUUAAUGGGCCUCGACUCUUUUCCGGACUCGCCGAGCUGGGCCCACAAAGACACAAGCUUGGGCUCCUUUCUCCGUAGUCGGUCGGUCAACUCCAUUGACUUUCUGCCGCGUUUCGACUCGUCAAGACUACACCGGCGGGUCAGAACGUCUGUUUCGUUUCGCGAAGGAUUGUAUAAUUGUCGAGAGCUUGCGAGCUCGUCGGUUUCGAAUUGUUCGGAGAAAGUGGGAGAAAUUGGAGAAGACGAGGAAUCGAGGGGCGGAAGUGAAGUUCGUGAAAAGUUGCGGGAGAAAAAAGUGAUUCGGAAAAAGAUGGAGAUGGAUGAAGGAAAAUUUAAGAGAAAGAAAAAGAGACAAGGCUUGAAUUUGAAGGAGAAAAAGCCAGUUAUGAAGACAGUGGGCUUUAAUUUUGAGGAAGAUUUGUUGUUACAGCCUAAGUCAAAGUGUCUGAAUAUGAAACAGAACAAGAUUAUGUGUCGAAAAGAGAAAAUGCAUUCUGCAAGUAGAAUAUAUCCUGGUGAGAUUAUAGCAGAAGUCGAACAAGGAGAGCAUUCAAGGCGAUCUAAAACUGCCCGUUCGAAGAUUCCAUAUCCGAACAAAGCUGGUUCUCAUGAUCGGGGGACGAUUAAAGCAAUUGCUAAAAGGAAAAAGGGAAAGAAAAUCAAACACAAGGAGCAAAAUUGUUACUACAAAACAAUGGUGGAAACAAUAUGUGGGCUGACAGAAGAUAGCAUAAACGAGAAUUGGACGUCGAUGGAAUUUGAAGAUUUCGAGGAUGUUUGCGAAGUGCUCGGGCGGGGGAUUCUUGAAGGUUUGUUGAAACAGUUUGUUGACGAGCUUGUGCGCGCAGGAUUAUGAAACGAUGUAUAAAGUGUUGAUUUUUUUUAAGUAGUGAGUUAACUCGACAAAUAUGUGUACUAGGAACAACAACUCUUAUGGAGAAAUUUUAGUCCUGAUAAGCAAGUUGAAAUAAAAAUUUCAACGGACUUAUUUGAAAAACUAACCAAUGAAACUUAUAAGAUAAACUCAAAAUUUUUAAAA